UCCCCGAUAGUAUCUGGUUUCCCGCUAACACGUCAUAGUCACGUGACAAGAUCCACGAGGCACGUGAAGGUAGCGAAGCUCAGCUAUGAUGUCAUAAUGGCCAAGAACAAAGAAGUCUCGUUGCAAGAAGCUUUCCUUAAAUUCAAGCGAAAGAAGCAGGAGGAGUUGAAUUACGGAAAGCGCGCCACCCAACGGUCGCCAUUACGUCAUAAAUUCGUUGAACAAUGUCGGAGCUACAUUGGGGUUCCUUACAAGAAGAGAUAUCACGUGACAGGGAGUGCAGCUUAUAAUUCGCCAUUAUUUCUUGAUUGUUGCGGUUUGAUUCGUCGCGUGUUACGCGAUUUACGCGCCGACUUCGGUUUCAACAUUGGUCCAUGGAACCAAGGCUACAUGUUCGAUACACUGCCUCUAGUGGUCGAAGAUGUGGCGGAAAUGAAAGCGGGAGAUCUCGUCUUUGUGAUUGGUCGACAUUUUAAACAAGGAGUGAAACGUCCUGCACACGAUGUCGUGCACGUCGAGGUAUGGGCGGGUGAUUGUUACAAAACAAUAUCUGCGCGGUGGAACAAUGGGUUUGUGCAGGUGUUCGAUGAUUACAGGUUCGAAAGUCGAAGCUAUGGCGAUAUGACGUAUCACUUCAGGUCAAUUGAUACGUGGUUGGAGGGGGUGUGUAAAAGUUUUUGCCCUGAACAUCCGUGGCAUCGAAAGGAACAAAAACUUUCUACCAGGUCAAUAUUCUACUGUGACGUCAUUGAUGGUGACGUAGCUACGUCACAACAUUAUGACGUCAUAGCUAAGGAUUUAGCGGAUCGUGCUCUUUGCUGCGCUCUUGCGGAGUUGCGUUUAGAAUUGUAUGUGUGACGUAACACUGAAUAAUUAAGUAACAAUCACUGUAGUUUCAUUUUAGCGUAGACAAUACACUUUAUACGUCAUAUAUCAAACUUUAUUAUGACGUAAUAUUGUA